CGCGUAUCCAUUUUCUCGCGCAUUCCCGCUCACCCUUCCACAACCACCCCGUCAUCGCCAUUCAUACGUGGGAAAUGCCUCCUCGGAAAAAGGCAAAGGCCAGCGCUGCCUCGACCCCGCUGGGCGACACCCAGCCAAAGACGCCCCAAGACUCAGGCGCCGUGCAGGCGCAAGAUGAGAUUCUCAGCGACCCAUGGGCCGACGAGCAGGAGACGCAGCUCCUCAAGAGCAUGAUGAAGUGGAAGCCCACCGGCCUGCACAAGCAUUUCCGUAUGAUUAGUAUUCACACCGAUAUGCGCUCGCAUGGCUUCGCGGGAGAGGAUGCACCUCACACGCGCAUUCCCGGCAUCUGGAAGAAGCUGUCGCAGUGGUACGACCUGGAUGCCCUUGACACGCGCGAGAACGAAUUUGCCUUCUCCGAUGAGCCAGACCCGCUGGACCCCGACGAUGCUGCCAACCUGCCCGAAUUCGAACUACCCGAAGAGGAAUUUGGCGAGAUGAUGUGGCGGAAGCGCUUCCAUAGCCCGGACUCGGUCGUAGCUUCAUCGCCGCCCAUGGUCCCAACAGAUGAGUACAAGGACAUUUAUGCGCCAGGAAUUGGCUUGCUCAAGGACCUGCCCGAUGGUGUGCGCUCACAAAAGGCGGAGAGCGUGACGGAGGCAACGUCCACACCAAAGAACACCAAAGGCACACGACCGGCCAGGGCUGCAAAGAGCGCAAAGAGCUCCAGGUCUGUAGCUAAUGCGGCAAGGAACGCCAAGCCAAGGAGCACUGUCUCCGAGUCUGCUGAGGAAGAAGACGAAGAUGAGGAUGAAGAAGAAUCCAGCGUCGAGUCUGAAGAAGAUAGUGCGCCGACCACGCGGAGAACCAAUCGCGCAAAGCCCAAGCCGGCGCCAAAGCGAACGAGGAAGAGGUAGAUGGGCAGAUCAAUCAUGGUUACGGCGUUGGAACAUUAUGAAUACCCGCAUUCCUCCUAGUCAUGACAGCCUUUGCAGAAUAGCAGAAGGUGUUUGAAUACGAGGAAUGCGUUCUAUUUCAUUACAAACUUGGCUCAUUGCGAUAGCACGCAUACGGAGACCGACAGGGAUGACCUACCGUACCAGCUGAAAAGAUGCAUAUCAUAGAAAGCCAGUAUCCGAGG